UCUCUCCGACCCGCCUCGCCUUAAUCAUUCCAUUAAUUGGCGGGGAAGCCGGAGUAUUUUGCUUUGAUUUGGGUGGAAGAGACGUACACAUAUUUUAUAUAUAUGCAUUGAAUUGAAAAACAUUCUACAUAAAAAAAGAAAAACAACAACAACAACAAAAACAAAAACAAGAUGCUAGGAAAAGCAGCUGUAUCUGCAAUUUCUGUCAUUCUUGUUGUUGGUGUAGCACUUGCUAUUGUGGGUGUUGUUCAACACCAAAGUUCGUCCAAGAGCGACAGCGGUAGCGAAAACCAGAUUUCAACACAACAGAAGGCUGUCUCAGUCUUCUGUGGAAAGACAGAUUACCAGGAAAUUUGCCAGAAGACCCUUACUCCCGUUGCUGACCAAGGAGUCAAAGACCCUAAGGAAUUUGUCAAGGCUGCAUUACAAUCCACAAUCAAUGAGGUUACCAAAGCAUUGAACUUCUCUGAUACCCUCAUAACGAACGUGUCAUCUAGCACCCCUAGAGUGAAAAUGGAAGCGGAGGAUUGCAAAGACUUGUUAGAAUUCGCUGUGGAUGAGCUCCAAUCCUCGUUCUCUAUGGUGGGUGACAGCAACAUUAACAACAUGACUGACAAGGCUACCGAGAUUAAGAACUGGUUGAGCGCUGUUAUCUCGUACCAAACUUCUUGCCUUGAUGGGCUUUCAGAAGCACCUGAAUUCCAAAGCCUCAUGAGUAAGAAUCUCCAAAAUGCUUCAUCGCUCACCAGCAAUGCUUUGGCUAUUGUUAGUGAGCUUGGUGCAAUCCUCAAGGCCUAUGGUUUGGAAUUGAAUGUCAAGCCCAGUAGUGGCAGUCGCAGACUUCUCGGUGAGGAUGGGUAUCCAACAUGGUUCUCAGCCUCAGACCGCAAGCUUUUGGCUGCGAGUCCAGGAACGGUCAGACCCAACGCGGUUGUGGCUAAGGAUGGAAGUGGACAAUACAAGACCAUUUCUGCUGCACUUGCUGCUUACCCCAAGAACCUCAGAGGCCGAUAUAUUAUCUAUGUCAAGGCUGGAGUCUAUAACGAGUACAUUACCGUAACCAAGAAUCAGAAGAACGUCUUCAUCUAUGGUGAUGGACCCAGAAAGACCAUUGUCACCGGCAACAAGAGCAACAAGGGUGGCUUCUCCACCUUCAAGACUGCCUCCUUCUCUGCAGUUGGACAAGGGUUCAUUGCCAAGUCAAUGGGAUUCACCAACACUGCUGGUCCAGAAGGACACCAAGCUGUGGCUCUCCGUGUCCAAUCAGACAUGGCAGUCAUCUACAACUGCAGGAUGGAUGCGUACCAAGACACAUUGUACAUCCAAGCACACAGACAAUUCUACCGCAACUGUGUGAUUUCAGGCACUGUGGAUUUCAUCUUUGGUGACUCUGCCACAAUUAUCCAGAACUGUUUGAUCAUCGUCAGGAAGCCUUUGGACAACCAAAAAAAUACAGUGACUGCACAUGGCAGAGCUGACAAGCGUGAGAUCACAGCUUUGGUUAUCCACAACUCCAGGAUUGUUCCAGAGCGAAAACUCUUCCCUGUCAGGUUCAGGAUCCCAACAUACUUGGGUAGGCCAUGGAAGGAGUAUGCUAGGACUGUGAUCAUGGAGACUACUUUGGCAGAUUUCGUUAACCCCGAAGGUUAUUUGCCUUGGGCUGGAGACUUUGGCCUUGCAACCUGUAGUUACUUUGAGUAUGGUAAUCGUGGCCCAGGUGCUAAUUUCAGGGGGAGAGUGAAAUGGAAAAAUGUGAGAGUCAUCAGAAGGAGUGAGGCUCUUCAAUUCACUGUUAAUUCUUUCAUUCAAGGCAAUUACUGGUUGAAGACUACUGGAACUCCCUACUUGCCCGCUUUGAAAAUCUGAGUCAUGGAGGUAGUGAUUGAGAG